UUAACAACUCAUUUCCUCAUAAAAACAAAUGGUAGCCUCCCUUUUUAUAGCCACUUCUCGAUAACUGAAACCUUUGUAGAGUGAACAUACUCUAAACUUUACAUAGUCUUUUUGCAACUGAGACUUGGCAACUAGUUUCUACUAAAAAAGUAAAGGUUUCUUCUCGUUGAUGGGGUGAAAUAAAGAGUAAUAACAUGAUGAAAAGUUUGGCUAAUGCGGUUGGUGGAAAGACGGCAAGGGCAUGCGAUAGCUGCGUGAAGAAGCGAGCGCGUUGGUAUUGUGCAGCUGAUGAUGCUUUCCUUUGCCAUUCUUGUGACGGUUCGGUCCACUCAGCGAACCCUCUUGCCUGUAGGCACGAGAGAGUUCGCUUGAAAACGGCUAGUGCCGGAAAGCAUCGUCGUCACGCCUCCUCUUCCUCCUCACCACCUCAUCCAGCCACGUGGCAUCAGGGAUUUACACGUAAAGCUCGGACACCACGUGGAGGCAAGAAAAAUCACACGAUGGUUUUUCAUGAUCUUGUGCCGGAGAUGAGCUCGGAGGAUCAGAGUUAUGAAGUGGAAGGGCAGCUCAUCUUUGAAGUACCGGUGUUGAACCCAAUGGGUGAUGAAGAAUAUGUGGAGACAAAGAGUGUGUUCCCGAUGAUGCCCGUAUGUUUCAAGAGAAGUGAGGAAGAAGAGGACAACACUGAGAGUUGUCUUAAUGGGUUAUUCCCGACCGAAAUGGAACUGGCGCAGUUCUCAGCUGAUGUGGAGACUCUCCUCGGUGGAGGGACAGAUCGAGAACUACAUGCCAUGGAAGGGCUAGGGUUUGGUGAGGUGCUAAAGAUUGAAAAAGAAGAGGAAGAAGUCGAAACAAGAGAAGUGUGUGAGCUAGAUGACGCUAAUGAGACUUCUCCAUUUGAAAUAAGCUUUGAUUACGAGUCCUCACACAAGACGGCAUUCGAAGAAAAUGAUGAGAAAGAAGACGUGAUGAAGAAUAUAGUGGACGUGGGAGUGAAUGAGAUGAGUGGUAGGAUUAAAGAAGAGAAGAAGGAGAACGUUCUUAUGCUUAAACUGGACUACGAAACCGUGAUUUCAACUUGGGGUAGCCAAGGAACCCCAUGGACCGCCCUCGAGCCACCUGAAAUAGACAUGCUUUGUUGCCCAUCCAGUUCCAUGGGUGAAAGUGGAGGAAAGACUCAUCAUCACAACCACUUCCGCGGCCUAGGGUUGCACAUGAGAGAGGCUGGGGAUGGAGGAAGAGAAGCUAGGGUUUCAAGAUACCGAGAGAAAAGGAGAACAAGGUUGUUCUCCAAGAAGAUAAGGUACGAAGUACGUAAACUGAAUGCUGAGAAAAGGCCUCGAAUGAAAGGAAGGUUCGUGAAGAGAUCUUCAAUUGCUGCUGCUCACUAGUCACUCUAAGAAAGAUCUUUAUGAAUAUAUAAUAUAUAUAGUAGAUAUCACUGUGCUUUACUCUUAAAUAUUUUGUUGCUGAUUUUUGGUGAUUGUUAGCUUUUUUUUGUGUGGUGAUUGUUAUCUUUUCUGUAAUGUAGAAAGUUUUGCACGUUUUGUGAGGUGCGUGUAUGUAUAUAUAGAUAUUUAUCACCAAAAACUGGACUAUCUUGUAAGGUCUUGUUAAUAUUGUUCAUGUAACGUGAAUUUUAUAACAACCAAAACAA